CCUCCCUCCCAGCCUCGGAUCCCGCAGGCCCUGUCCCCCCGCCCCUCCCGCAGCGGUGCGGGGUUGGGGAUGCGCCUCUGUGUACUACUGAGAGGGGAGGGGGCUCCAAGCAGAGGAUCAUGUCAGCCGCUCGGCUCGGUCCCUCCGCCUGACGCUGCCCUCGGGCUCUCCGGGGUUGGUCUCUGCCAGAAGUAGCAGGAGCCGCGGCGGUGGCGAGAGGAAGCGGCCGGGGCGCGCGGAGCCAAAAAGCCCCGGUGCUCCCCGUUCCCUCCCAGCGUGGUCACCAGCCGGCCGUCAGCACCAUGGACAGCAGCACCGUCCCCACGACCGCCGGCAACUGCACUGAUCCCUUCGCGCCCUCGAGUUGCUCCCCAGCACCCGGCCCCGGUUCCUGGGUCAACACGUCCCGCUGGGAUAGCAACGUGUCCGACCCGUGCGGUCCGAACCGCACCGGGCUGGGCGGGGGCGACAGCCUGUGUCCUCCGACCGGCAGUCCUUCUAUGAUCACGGCCAUCACCAUCAUGUCCCUCUACUCCAUCGUGUGCGUGGUGGGGCUCUUUGGAAACUUCCUGGUCAUGUAUGUGAUCAUCAGAUACACCAAAAUGAAGACAGCCACCAACAUCUAUAUUUUCAACCUUGCUCUGGCAGAUGCCUUAGCCACCAGUACCCUCCCUUUCCAGAGUGUCAAUUACCUAAUGGGAACGUGGCCAUUCGGAACCAUCUUGUGCAAGAUCGUGAUCUCCAUAGAUUACUAUAACAUGUUCACCAGCAUAUUCACACUCUGCACCAUGAGUGUCGAUCGCUACAUUGCAGUCUGCCACCCUGUCAAGGCCUUGGAUUUCCGUACUCCCCGAAAUGCCAAAAUUGUCAAUGUCUGCAACUGGAUCCUCUCUUCAGCCAUUGGUCUUCCUGUAAUGUUCAUGGCAACAACAAAAUACAGGCAUGGUUCCAUAGAUUGUACAUUAACAUUCUCUCACCCAACCUGGUACUGGGAAAACCUGCUAAAGAUCUGUGUUUUCAUCUUCGCCUUCAUCAUGCCCGUCCUCAUCAUUACCGUGUGUUAUGGACUGAUGAUCUUACGCCUCAAGAGUGUUCGCAUGCUCUCGGGCUCCAAAGAAAAGGACAGGAACCUGCGCAGGAUCACCAGGAUGGUGCUGGUGGUUGUGGCUGUGUUCAUCGUCUGCUGGACCCCCAUCCACAUCUACGUCAUCAUCAAAGCCUUGGUUACAAUCCCAGAAACUACAUUCCAGACCGUUUCUUGGCACUUCUGCAUCGCUCUAGGCUACACAAACAGCUGCCUCAACCCUGUCCUUUAUGCAUUUCUGGAUGAAAACUUCAAACGAUGCUUCAGAGAGUUCUGUAUCCCAACUUCCUCGACCAUUGAGCAACAAAACUCCACUCGAAUUCGUCAGAACACUAGAGAUCACCCCUCCACGGCCAAUACAGUGGAUAGGACUAACCAUCAGCUAGAAAAUCUGGAAGCUGAAACUGCUCCAUUGCCCUGAAUGGGUCUCAUGGCAUUCAGACCCUCACCAAGCUCAAGAGCCACCAUCUGUGUGAAGCAGGUCACUGCAAGAGUGUGUGGGAGGCUCUAGUUCCUAGGAAAGUGCCUGCUUUGGAAUCACCAAAACUCUUUCCUCUCUGGCCACCCCACUCUGAACAGCAGAGGGACAUCCAAACCAAGUCGAGCGUUUGGAAGGAAAGGAAUAUACCACGCUAACGAGUCCAGCUUGUGUACAUAAUCACGAGGAAGACCUUCAGUGGGACCAAAACACACCAUGGUAUGUGAAUUGAGGUCAUCAUAGAAGGUAACCCUUCUGUAUGUAAUAUUUUGUUUUCAAGCAAAUAUUAUGACCUCCUCAAAGAAAAACCACCAAUUGUUAAAUUCACCAUAGUAACAUGUAAAGUAAAUGCUACCUCUGAUCAAAGUCCCUUGUGUGGUAAGUCCAAGUCCUUCUAGUGUUUUGUAAAGGAAUAUAUGCUUCUAUUUUUGAUCUUUAAUGUUCACCUUAAAAUUGUCAUCUGGUAAAGACAUCAUUUCCACCUCCAUGUCUUGGUUUUGUAUUGUUUCGAAGAAUAACAUCUCUCUUACCUUGCUCCAUAAUUAUAAGGGAAGAGAUGAAUGUGAAAGGUAACCUGACACCCAUUCACGUGUCAGCUGCAGAAAGGUUGAUUCUUGUGCACUGCAGAUGCUUCCUGAGUCAUAACGGGGGAUUUUCCAUCCUUAGACUGUCAGUGGUUUG